AUGAAAAAAAAACUGAAGAUUGUUGACAGCAAAGAAGAAGUUAAACCUAUGACUGAUGUUAGAGAGAAAAGCAAUAAAAAAAAUGAUAAAAAGCUUAACACAGUACAGGCACAAAAUUCAACUAGUAGUUUUAAGAAAAAAUCAACACCUCCCAAGGCUGUUGAUGGCAACAUUGAGAACAAAAAAGCUAAAGUUCAUUCCCUCUUAAAAGAUGGUUCAGAAGUUCUUGUAAAUGGUUGUGGUUAUUUAUCUUCUCGUUACUUUCAAGAAGCUUUAUGUCUGAUUAAAGAAUCUCCACAGAUUUAUGGAUUUCAAGAAUGUGACAUUGUAUGCAUUAAGUAUGCUUAUGCAACAGCAUUUUAUUCAUCUGGAGAAUAUUCUGAUUUGCUGAAAAGUAUAGAAAUUCUUCAAGAAAUUUAUCAAGAACACGAAAAUGUUUCAUUCCCUAUUGUCUACUACGGUCUUGCCAUGGCCUUCUUGAAAUUAAAUCGAUUUAAAGAUAGUUUAAGGUUCGCAAAGAUGGUGCAAGAUUUUUUGAACAAAGGCUUUCGUUUGAAAGUAUACACUUGGCCUGGACUAACCACACCUAUUCCUGAAACUAAAGCAGAAAUUCUGAAAAAAUAUAUAAAAGAUCUUAUUGAAGAAUGUGAGAAUCCGCCUAAACCUGUUGCAGUUUGUCGUCUUGAAAAUUGCUCUCAACCACAUAUCUAUUAUUCUGACCCUGAUUUCAAGGGCUUUAUUUGCAUUUCCUGCUCUGAGCAGUGUUCGCUUCAGUACCAUGUACCAUGUUGGAGAACUAUGAAGACGGAUUUGUCUUUAUCAGAUAAGGAUUUCCUUAGUAAAAAUUGUUUAACACCAGAUUGUUCUGGAUCAAUCGCUGAAGUGAAGAAUAUUGAUAAACAAGGCAAUAUUGGGAAAGUGUUUGCUAUAAGUGAAUCCAAGAAGCCUCAAAAACAGAAAAAGUCAAAACUGGAAAAGAAAAGUGAUGCCAAAGAAGAAAAAAGAAAGAGACGAAGACAUAGUAGUAGUAUAUGUGAAUCUAUAUCUUCUGCAUCUGAAGCACCUUCACAUGAAGAUUUAAAUCCAUCAAACUCCUCUUCUAAAUUAUCGCAAAAUGAAACCGAGACUGAAGUUUCAUCUUCGGCUCAUGUUGAAGACUUGGACAAUCCUGAAGCUGUAUCGGUUUCUUCAAGGUCAUUGAGUGAAGAGAGGACUAAUAACAAGACUUGGAAAAUGUCUUGUGCAGCGACUGAAAAGAACAGUGAUCUUCCACAAAUAUCUCCUUCUGCAGUGAGAAAUGUUAAAACUACACUAACCACUACGACAAAUGAACCUCGUGUUGAAAUUGCAGGCUGUGCAACUGAAGUGUCAAGCAACUCCUUAACACAACAAUCUACAUUUUAUACGGACGCUGAUCCUUUCCAUGGAGCAAAAGGGAAUGCACCGCCUGACAAUAGCAAAAAUGCAGAGAUAAUGAUAACCAAGUCAAGACCUGUUUCAAAAUUCAAGGGAAAGACAUUGAAGUGCGAUGCAGCAGAAACAUCUAACAAAAUGAAUUCCUAUGUUCCUAAUGAAAUACAUUCCCGUGUUCCUAAUGUUGUAUAUUCCCGUGUUCCUAAUGAAGCAGAUUCUAUUGUUCCUAAUGCAACAAAUUCCCGUGUUCAAUACAGUGAUGCUUUCUGGUCAACGCAUGAAGCAGAAGAUUUUCCACCUCUUCCUGCUUCUGAAAAUUCCUCACAUUAUGCUGUUGAGUGCCAAAGUUUGAAUAAAGAUGUGUCAACACCUCCUGAUUAUUUAGAAGAAGUGCUUGAAAAAAAUAUAUUUACGUAUUUAGAAGACUUUUUAAGCUUUCAUGGGCCUCUGAAAAUUGAUGAUCCUAUUUUGAUUGAAGCAUUAAGUGAAUUUCCAACACAAGCUAAUGUUCUGAUAGCUGAUUGUGGUGGCAUAUCGGAAUUUUUGAAAAAAAAUAUUCAUUUUGCUGUUGUUGGAGAGUCGUAUGUUUGUGUUGUGAAAGAUAUUGGUUCUGCAUAUAAUUUAGUUAGUCGUAGGUCUUUAGCUCAAGAAUCUGACUGCCAUGAUCUUCUUAAUACUGUUUGUGACUUUUCCAACGGUACAGCUGUUAAAAACUCCAACUUUCCAACAUAUCUGAAUCCAGAUGCAAUGGAAUACCAGCCUUUCUAUCCUACUGGAACUAAAUGUGGUGAUUAUGCCCAAAACGAUGUUAGCCGUAAAGCGAGCGAACAUGAUUCUGAAUCGUUAAUGUCUGUUAUUAGUAGAUUAAGACAACCUCUGUGUGUUGAUGAAGAUAAUGUAGUAAUGAAUUCCAGCUGUGAUAAUGUUUCAACACUCGAUGCCCAGAGCUUAAAUUCAGACAUUUCAAGGACUGCUCAGGUAGCUACUAGACCACAUCCUAAAAAAGUUGUUACUACUAAGUGUGCCAAUGCAAGUGCAAUUGUCUCGGAUGUUGAUGGAGUUGCAGAAGAAGAGGUAGUUUUAAAUGGGACACUAGGAGAAGGAAGUAUUUCUGACGAAGUUGUAAAAGAAGGAAUUUCUAGUGAAAUUGUGAAAGAAAGGAUUUCAACUGGAACAGCUCAAAAAGUUCUUUCUGAUGAAACUGUGGAGAGGAGCAUCCCCAAAGAAACUGUGUUGGGUCGAAUUUUCAGUAACUCUGUGGAAGACGGAAUUUCUGAAGGAAAAGUGGAGGAAAAUAUUUAUGAUAAAACAGUGCAUGUAAAGAAUUUGGAAGAAACAGUAAUGGAGAGGAAUCUCGAGAAAACCACAAGGGAAAGGAAUCUCAAAGAAAGGGUACAGAAAAAAGGUCUUAGAGAAGUAGUGCAAGGAAUUUUGGAAGAGGAAAAGAAUUUUGAAGGAGCAGUGCAAGAAAGAAUUUCUAAUGAAACAAUGCAAUUGGGAAUUUCUGAUGGAACUGUGCUCAAGAUCUCUCAAAAGUUGACUAAUGAAGCCAUCAGCAAUGCUGCAAUUAAAGAUAGUGCCUUAAGAACUGCCUUAAGUGAGACCUUAAAUACUGCUUUAGUCAGGGCAUUGUUAAGAGCUUCUGAUGAAGAAAAUGAUAUUCAAAAUGAAAAAAUGGGAAAUGUAUGCAUUGGAGCAAUGGAAAACAAAGCUCCAUGCAAAUCAAUGAAAGUUUCUGAAAACUCUUUUCAGAAUCAAAUAUUAGUCAAAGAAAAUCAGAAUUGUGGACACAGAAUUCCUGAAACAGUCGCCAAGGCUAGUCAAACUGAAAAUGCUCAGCAAGGUACAAUGGUAUCCAAAGGUACAAUGAAAACUGACGAGUCAUUGGACCGUAUGAAAGAGAUAAUUGGAUUGUUGCAGGAUAAAGAAAGACUUGCAAGUGAAGAACUCCAUAAGAAAAAUGUAGAGAAUGAAAAACUGCGAAACGAAGUUGAGUCUCUUCAGAUGUCUUUAAACAAAGCAAAUGAAGUAAAUGCAAUAGCUAAAAAAGAGAUUGAAAAAGUUCACCUGGAUUUGCAAGAGUUGGAGAAAAAUCAUAUUGAUAUUAAAAACUGGCAAGAUAAUAUGACGAAAUCUCUUUUGGAAUCUCGAGAGGAUAGUAAAAGCCUUCAUGAAACAUUGUUGAAAACUGAAGAACGGUGUAAAAAAGUAUCUGUAGAAUCUGAAGAAAAAUGUAAAAAAUUGGCUGAAAAAUUAGCUGAAUCUGAAGAGAAGUGUAAAAGAACUAAUGAAAAAUUGCAGUUGCUGGAAAAGAAGGAAAUAUCACUGCGAACUGAAUCACAGGCUGCAUUUGAGCAUCUUAAUGAACUAGUGGCAUCUCUUACAAAUGAAAAAUUUGAAAGCAUUAAACGAGCAGUCAAGGCUGAAUUGAGUGUAUUGCAGCUGAAAAAAGCAGAAGUGUUGAAUAGAAUUGAUUUGAAAAUUGCUGAGGCCAAUCAAAAAGUGAAGGAACUGAAGGAAGGAAUGUCAUUAAUUCCACUUGAUCCAGUCAAUACAAAAAAUAUUGAAGCCUUGAUCUCCCAAAUUGAUAACCAAUAUGUGAAGGACUUAUGUGCAAUACGUGAUGACUAUGGGGCCAAAAUAGACAAGCAUAUCAAGGAAGUUGAAUCUGGAACUCCUCUGGAAAAAUUAAAAAUUGAUGAAGUGGAAAAUCUGCCUGAAAUUCCUCAGGUUACUGUUCCUAGUCCUAUAUUUAAUCCUACUGCUACAUACACUGCCGCAAAUGUCUCGGUGGAUCCUGCAUAUCUUAAAAUGGCCUCUGCAUUUGCUCCUGUCACAAUGCCUCCGACUCUGCUCCCCAUCGGAGCUACAAACUCUAUUGCUAGUGUUCCAAUAGCACCAAAUGUUCCUACAAACAUUGCUGCUGCUGUUCCGGAGGCUGCUGCUCCUGCACCCACCUUAAAAAAGUUACCUCCCGGGAUAAGCAGCUCUUAUGUUAAUUUACCAAAAAGUAUUCCUUCUCGCUCAUUGGCCAGUGAGGCAGUUCAUGAACUGAAUUCACUUGUCCAGUUGAGUGAAACGAGUAAAAGUGAAAGUACCAAGCCAAAAAUCAUAUCAACUGAUUCCUUAUCAUCCUCAUCUUCUGCUGAAGGAAAGGCUGCUGCUAAGUUUUCAGAUUCUUCUUUAGAGUUAGGAUAUUCCAUAAAAGGAAAUUCUGCUGGCAAAGGAUCCUCUGUACCUCAGGGUAAAAACAGUUAUGAAAAACUUCUAAUCAGACUUGUGGAGAAGUUUCCUAAUUAUACACAAGUGCAAUUAAUGUCAUACAUAAGAGAGUUCAGAGAAAAGAGGCAAGGGAAGCUAUCUGGACUUACUUUGGAUGCGAUUGUUACUCAAGUUGGUGCAUUGAUCCAAUCCAAACAAAGUGCUGCAAAAAUAGAGUCCAGCAAAGUGCCUGAAGUUGUUCCAAAAUUUCGUGCUGUGCAAAAUAAAGUGUCUGGAAAAAAGUUAAUCACAGAUCUGAAAGCUAGGGAACCACCUGUAGAAGUUCCACCCAUUAAAAAGGGAAAUCCUUGGGGUAGCGGUGCAGGUGAAUCUUCUAAAAAAUGGUCAGGAGAUACAUUGGAAGAAUGUGCCAUUUGUUGUGAGGAAUUCGCUAAUGAAAAUGCUGCUUAUAAAGUUGAUUGUGGACACUGCUUUCAUCUUGAGUGCAUUCGUGAAUGGUUGAACAAGAAAAGUGACUGCCCAAUCUGCAGGGUUCAUUUACUGCUUCCAGAAGAUUAUCCUUCUUUGUCAUAAUCAUUUUAAAGAUUAUUUUUGAUCUGUAACGUUAUAAUGUAAAGUGUAUAUUUUUUUGAACAAAGAAUAAAGAAAUCAUAAUUUUU